GGGAGACCAAUUUGCGAUGCUAUUAUUUGCAUAUCUGCAUGCAGCUGUGCUUGAAGAAGCGUCUGAAGUGGCACCCGCUGGCCCAGAUCCAGAAGUGAAUGCCUUCCUAAUGACUCCUAUCUGUUAACAAGAUUUCUGCCCUUAUUGAAACAAAAGGCAGAUCUAACCGGUCUUUCCAGGCUAGGAUAAUUUUUUGGAACUGCAGAAACUGUUGGCGAUAGCUACAAAUGGGAAUUUGGAGUUGGUCUGAAAUUCAUCCGGAAAUAAUUGUGUUUGACUGGAACCAUAUAUGAAGUCACCAAGGAUGAGAGUCUAUGCUAAGUCAGUGUUGCUGUCGCACUGGCUCUUUCUGGCCUAUGUGUUAAUGGUGUGCUGUAAGCUGAUGUCCGCCUCGAGCCAGCACCUCCGGGGACACGCAGGUCACCACCAAAUCAAGCAGGGGACCUGUGAGGUGGUUGCUGUACACCGGUGCUGUAAUAAGAACCGCAUAGAAGAGCGAUCGCAAACCGUCAAGUGUUCCUGCUUCCCCGGACAGGUGGCUGGCACCACUCGGGCUCAGCCUUCUUGCGUUGAAGCUUCCAUCGUGAUUCAGAAAUGGUGGUGUCACAUGAACCCUUGCUUGGAAGGAGAGGACUGUAAAGUGCUGCCAGAUUACUCAGGUUGGUCCUGUAGCAGUGGCAAUAAAGUCAAAACUACAAAGGUAACACGGUAGCAAAGAGAGGUGCCCUUAUCGUGGGAGGAGCGACAGGUUGCAGAAGUCUCCGAUUUGGAUUACCUUCCUAGCUGGUUUGUGGAAAAUCGUCUUGGAUUUCAGCUACAUCACAUUUGUAUAUGUGUGCUGUAAGGAGUGUCAUUCACUUAACUGUCCCAGCCCCUCGGCUUCAUGAUUUUAUUACUUUGAAUUAUAGCCAAGGACUGCCACAUGAUUCACAUCCUAUCUGCAUCCCAAGGACUAUACCUCCAAGAAACCCCAGAGGAACAAAGCAGAGACUUCAAAAUGGAUCUCUACUGGGUCUUCUGUUUCUUUCUGCCUUCACAAAGGAGCGUGGACAGGCUCAAAGGGUUCUUAAUCUGUUCCUCUUUUGAACUUUUCCUUCAGCCCUUGCAUUAAAGUGGUUUCAAAGGAGUCUAAGUACCAAAAUGCUUUGGCAAAACAUAUUUGCAGAUGUAGAUUAAUGAACUCUGAUUAACAGGCAAAGAAAUUUAUUUUAUAAAUCUUAAUAAAUAAACUUCCUGGGGUUAUUGUGUAUGCAUUUGUAUUUCUGCUUUAGAGGAUUUAAAUGUUUGCAUUUUAAGUUCUGUUGUGAGGUUAGUAGAAAUAACGUUUUAACAUGAGUAUACCAUUUUACUGAGUGCUAAGGAAGUGUAUCAGCGCCAAUAUUUUAUGACCAAAGCUUGAUCAUGACAUAUUCACAAAAGAAAGAAAACCUGUGGGGAUUUUGAUGGCUUAAGGUGUAGUCACAGAGGUAAAUUACUUAAAAUCUACAACAGUCUCUAUUUAGAACAAGGGUGAUUUCUGACAUCCAGUUUAUGUCAUUUAAAAUAUUUUGUUAACCCUUAGGAGUUUUGAAAUAUUGAAUUUUUAGACUGUAAAUGAUUUAUUCUUCACUUAGCACUCUUCUCAUUUGUUACUCAUUUUAUUUCUCUAAAUGUAAGUAAAAUCGGAGUCAUUUCUCUUGGUUUAAUGAUUUUGCAGCAGAUGUGUGUCCACAUAUUCUCAGACGCUGUCAUGCAGAAAUAUAUUACAGAUGAAAAGUGACGGACCCAGAUUUUAAAUGCAAACUGUCCUUAAAACACAGACUACUUUAAUAAGUGAUAGAUUUUAUAAAGAAAUGACAAAAUCAUCCUUUCUGCACUAUUCGUUAUCCUUGUUCUUUCACAAUUAUUGGAGAAAAUAUUACUCUAAUGUUUACAGGAGUAACAACCACGUCUAUUUUAGUCUUGCAAAAAGAAUGGAAAUGGGUGACAUCCAUUUGUUGGCUAACUGUGUUUGAAUUUGACUGGAUGCUUACCAGAAUUAUUACUGUCAUAAAAGUAAAAGAAUCACUCUGCUGAUGGCA